CAAAACAUUCAUCAUUCUCGUAAAUUUUCACAUAAUAAUGGAUCAGAGGUCAUUAGAAGCUGCUGCUAAGUCUGGAAACAUCGACCUAUUAUACGAACUUAUCCGUGAAGAUCCAUACGUCCUCGAUAAAAUCGACAACGUGCCUUUCAUUGACACUCCUCUCCACGUGGCAGCCCUCGCCGGAACAACAGAGUUCGCCAUGGAAAUGAUGCACUUGCAACCUUCUUUUGCUAGGAAACUUAACGCCGACGGGCUUACUCCGUUACACCUCGCCAUCGACCAUGGCCACUUUUGGCUAGUGCUCGAACUAGUUAAGGUUGAUCCAAGCCUUGUUCGUCUUAAAGGGAGACAAGGUAUGACGCCAUUACUACUUGCGGUGAGCAAAAAGAAAAUCGAUUUAAUAUCAGAAUUCUUUUUGGUUUGCCCCAAGAGCAUCGUGGACGCAAACGUGAAUGGAGAGAACGCUCUCCACAUUGCUGUGAAGAACAACGAACCUAGAGAAGGGUUAAUAGUCCUUAAAGUUCUCAUGGGAUGGAUCCUAAGAUUGUGUCAAAAGGAUGCAGAGAGGACCGAGACAAGAGUCAUAAACUGUAGAGACAAAGAUGGUAACACGCCUUUACAUAUUGCAGCGUACCAUAACAACCACCAAGCUAUGAGAUUGAUGUUAAAGAGUUCGAAUGUUAAUGUCAACAUCGAGAACAAGAACGGUUUAACCGUUCUUGACGUUGCCGUGUUACUCAGAAGAGAAGGCAGCAGAUGGGGUCGCGUAGAGAGAAUGGUCAAGUGGCAUGGCGGGAAACGUUCGGCUUCUCUGGUUAAGAUUAAGACAACAUCUGAUAUACUCAGCUCCAAGCUAACAUGGUGUGAAUCAAGGCGAACGAAGAGUAUUCGGUCUUAUUCUUGGAUCUCCGAAGAAAGAAGAAACGCUCUUUUAGUUGUCGCCACUCUUAUAAUCACAGCUACUUAUCAGACCGUUCUCCAGCCUCCCGGAGGCGUUUCUGACAGCGGUGAAAGCGGUAGAGAAGCUAGCAACGGAACAAUUAGCCAUGGAACAACUAGCAACGGGACAAAAGCGGGUUCCGUGGUAAUGGGUGACGGGGAUUUUGUAUGGCUAUGGAUAUGGAACAGUGUGGGUUUUAACAUAGCCACAGCACUGACGCUGCGUUUGUUGAGCUUAGGACAAGAGAGUGGGUUUUGGUAUAUUCCUCUCUUCAUACCUCUUCUACUGGCUUACUAUGCUGCAGGGGGAGUGAUCUCGCCGAACGAGAUAAUGCUCCACAUCGGAAACGUGGGUUCGUUCAUUAUUCUUCUCAUUUGGGCUUUGGUGGUCUGGUUUUGGGAAUGGUUACAGUCUAAGCGAGGCAAGGUGCGUGGACCCAAGAGCGGAUUGGUGUGGGAAGGUUUCGCCACGUUGGAUCAAGCUAGAGGUGUUACUCCUAAGGGGUAUGUGAUUAAGUGAUCUUAAAUUGGUCUAAUUAUUUUAUUGUGAAUUUUGUACUUAUUUUUAAAAUGUGUAAUAUCCACUGGAGAAGAUCAUAAAUAACAGUUAUGGACGUAACAUAUUAAGCGGCUGGUAAGAUGAACAAUUUAUUGUUUAAAUUUUAAUACCUAAAACUCUAUGAUCUAUACUAUUAUUUGCGAAGUGAAUUUUUGGAAUCGAGCUCUCACAUUAAAAGUUAUAGUGAUUAAUAUCGUUUUUACCUUUAAUGAAUAAAAUAUAUAACUAAAUUAAAAAAUAAAAAUGAAAUUUUAAUUGAUUUGAUUAGAUAAUUGAUUAAUAGUACUAAUAAUAAGAAUUGUCCAAAAUCUGAAAAUAUAAUUUUAAAAAGAGAUAAUUUAUGUAUAUAUUGUAUCGUUAUCUGAAAAAGUCUUUUAGUAAAAAGUUAAAAACAUGAAUUAUAUAACUAAAUAUUAAUCAAAUAAAAUUCUUAAUUAUAUAACUAAAAAUAGAAUAUUGAAUUAUUCAAAAUCUAAAAAGAUAAUUAAAAAAAGAUAAUUUCUAUAUAUAUAUUGUAUUGUUAUCUGAAAAAGUAUUUUAGUAAAAAGUUAAAACAUAGAUUAUAUAAUAAAAUAUUAAUAAAAUAUUUUUUUAAUUAUAUAAUUAAAAAUAUAAUAUUAAAAUUUAUUUUAGUAUAAUAAAUAUAGUGUAUAAAAAAAAACUUUUCAAAAAUUAUGAAAAUGUUUAAGCCCGCAUCGCGGGCAAAACACCUAGUUCGAAUAAUAUGUAGUAAACUAUAUUUAUGUGUGAUAUGCUUCAACCUUUGUUGUUGUAAAGUAUCACUUUGUAAAAUAGAAUUACUCGUCAUAUAUAAAAUUUACCAUAUAUAUCAAACAAUUAUAUUUAACUAGAUAACUAGUAAAAUAAUUAGGGGUUUAGAGUCAUCUAUAGAUAAAAUAACAUAGCAAACCAAACUGAGUUGUAUUACGAAUCAGCUUCUUGGGUGAUCAGCGUAUACAAACCAUGUUGUGUUUGCAUUUUCAGAAGAUUUGGUUUCAGUUUUUUAUUUUGAUUUUAUUUAAUGUUAUAUAUUUUCAACCGCACUCUUGUUGGUAUAUUUUAUUAAUAGCUUGAAAACCACUUCAUAAAAUGUGACUGAGUUUUCAAGCAAAGUGCAAUUAAAUCUUUUAUCUCAAGUUUGUCCAGCAGACUCCAUUACACCAAUCACGUAAGUCCUGAUACAAAUUUGGGUUUUAAUAAUAGUAGAUUAUGAUGUACAUUAUUGAAACUAAACACCAACCUUUGGGCAGAAUAUUUUAGACUACAAGAGGGACAGUGACGCACAGAAAAAAAAUACUGCGGGUGAAAGAGAGCAUUCCUCGUCAGAUAUAGAGAUGAUUCGAACAUUAUAUUCUUCAUAUGCAUGUGUUGGAGGGAGACUUCUCCGAUCCAUAGCCCAGAACAUUGCAUAUAAUUUCAGUUUAUCUUCUUGGUGACCAUCUAGAAAAGACUAUAUGACUAUGAUUUAUGAGAUAACCGUCAUGAUUUCUCAAGAUCCAAUAAGCACUGCAAUUUACGUUUGAAUUUAACCAUGAGCAUCUACAAGGUAAUUAAAAAUUAUUCAACAAUUUUU